CCGCCCUCGGCGCAAGUGGGAGGUGUUCCCAGGCCGCAACCGCUUCUACUGCGGCGGCCGCCUCAUGCUGGCCGGCCACGGCGGCGUCUUCGCGCUCACGCUGCUGCUCAUCCUCACCACCACCAUCCUCUUCUUCGUCUUCGACUGUCCCUUCCUGGCCAGUGAGCUGACCCUCGCCAUCCCCAUCAUCGCCGCCAUCCUCUUCUUCUUCGUCAUGAGCUGCUUGCUGCAGACGAGUUUCACUGACCCUGGGAUCCUGCCCCGGGCCACUGUCUGUGAGGCAGCCGCCCUGGAGAAACAGAUCGACAGCACAGGCAGUUCCACGUACCGACCACCCCCUCGGACCCGGGAAGUGAUGAUCAACGGGCAGAUGGUGAAGCUGAAGUACUGUUUCACCUGCAAGAUGUUUCGGCCACCUCGGACCUCACAUUGUAGUGUCUGUGACAACUGUGUGGAACGGUUUGACCAUCACUGCCCCUGGGUGGGCAACUGCGUGGGGAGACGGAACUACCGCUUCUUCUACGCAUUUAUUCUCUCCCUCUCAUUCCUGACGGUCUUCAUCUUCGCCUGCGUGGUCACCCACCUGACGUUGCACUCUCAGAGAAGCAACUUCCUCUCCACUCUGAAGGAGACGCCAGCGAGUGUGCUGGAGUUGGUGAUCUGCUUCUUCUCCAUCUGGUCCAUUCUGGGCCUCUCAGGGUUUCACACUUACCUCGUCGCCUCCAACCUGACAACAAACGAAGAUAUCAAAGGCUCCUGGUCCAGCAAGAGGGGCGGCGAGGCCUCUGUCAACCCCUACAGCCAUAAAAGUAUUAUCACCAACUGCUGUGCUGUGCUCUGUGGCCCCCUGCCUCCCAGCCUGAUCGACCGGAGGGGAUUUGUGCAGUCCGACACCGUGCUGCCCUCGCCCAUCAGAAGUGACGAGCCAGCCUGUGGAGCCAAGCCCAAUGCCAGCAUGGUAGGAGGCCAUCCUUGAACGGGGCUCAGUACUUGCCACUUGCUGGCCUGUCUGCCCUUCUGUACUCACCUGCUGCCCUGUACACCUGCUGGGACCCUCCUCAUUCCAUCUGAGGGAGGCAGAGCCGCUAAAGACUCAGAUCUUUUCGUAUUUAUUUCCCACUCCUGUGUGGCUUUUCCCAGACUACUCCAUGGCUGUACCCUCUUCUGCCCAAACCCAGAUCCCCAUGGCCUUGGGCCCUAGAUCCCCAAGCUGAUCACUGGCAGGAAUGACAAGAGGCCAGAGCCUCUGGAAGCCACCAAGAAGGCCAUGCUUAGUUUCUGCCUGUGCCAGGGCGAGCCCUGUGUGAGUGAGGGUGUGAACUGAGCGUGAGGCCACCCAGUGAGAGAGCUCUUGGGGUGAAAUGCAGGACUGAGGAGCAGUCAGCUCUGGACAGUGGGCUGGGCUGUGGGAGAGGAAGCCUCCAAGCCUCCACGGGUUACUUUGGUUUGUAGGCUCCUUCAUUCUUUUUGUGA